CAAUAUGGCGUUCGUUGCUAACUUUUGGUGGGAAUGCUCAAUGCUGAGCCCUCUCCACAAUAACUAACCAGACUUCAGUCACAAUACGUUUGGCAGUCAGACGUCGUGUGUCUUUAGCUCUCCUCAACUUUCCAACGCGUUCACCCCGAAAAUCCCCAAAAAGAACGUCAAACUACCUACAUGUCAAUCGCCAAUAGCAUUGGAGUCAUGUCAGUCAAUCCAAUUGAGAUCACACGCCAACGCCUAGCUGGAUUGAGGGAUCAAGAUGCCCCACAGCAGCAACAAGCUUUCAAUUCUUCAGGUCGUGUGGAUUCCGUCGGCCCUGAGGAUCCUGCCCCCAUCGACAUCUUCAUCACCAUCGGUGACGGUGCAGAAGCAGUCUCCACCUCCGUCUUGUCUUCACAAAAGCCGAAAUCAAUCAGGCUUUCCGUUGUUGGCCCAGUCAGCGUAGAGGAAGUGGACGCGUUGACCGCGAAGAUAAACGAGCCCAACAUUUUGGACGGACUGACAUCUCUCGAAGUGGUUAUGGACUAUCGGCAAGAACUCCACGACGUUUUCCGAGCCUUAAGUCGAUUCAUGAAGUAUGUCAGUUCGUCCGGACCACGGCUCGUGCAAUUGUCUCUCUUUCUCGAAUCCAGAUUCUCGGAAUUCAUGCGGGUUGCGCGAAUCUCAGGAAUUGACUUGUCCACUGUGAGGAUGAUUAGCCGCAGUGCGGUGCUCGUCAAGGCGCUCGACCCCAGUCUAUACGAACUUCUCGGGCUCUAUGACUGCAACAAGAGCAACUACAGUCCCCAGGACAACCCCCAGGAAGAUGACGAGACGGACGAAGAGGAAUUUGAAAUCGUCGACGGAUACGUCCAUCCAUACAUCGAUUUUGAACCCGAUCUUGAACCCCAUGAUGACGAUUUUGAUCCAUCAUACUACUUGACAGAUUAGCACGGCGCGGAUAAUCUCCCGCAAUCUGGCAGCAUCAAUGUGUUAUUAGUAAACUAGGUGAUAUUUGAGUGGCUUCUUGUUCCGGUGUGCACGCCUUUCCAGCAAGCGUGAAUUUGGAAUUCGAGUACGAUUGUCUGGUGAUUGAAGGCAGACCUCGUUGGAGAUGCUGAGGUCGUUCCCUGCUAGUUAUGUUAAGACUGAUAAUGUAACAACAUUGUGAUGCACCCUCGUGCACGUGGUUGAGG